AUGCGUGAGGCAAUCUGCAUCCACAUUGGCCAGGGCGGCGUUCAGAUCGGCAAUGCUUGCUGGGAGCUGUUCUGCCUGGAGCACGGCAUCCAGCCUGACGGCCAGAUGCCUUCCGACAAGACGAUUGGUGGCGGAGAUGACGCCUUCAACACAUUCUUCAGUGAGACAGGUGCUGGCAAGCACGUGCCUCGCUGCGUGAUGGUUGAUCUCGAGCCAACCGUCGUGGAUGAGGUCCGCACAGGCACCUACCGUCAGCUCUUCCACCCGGAGCAGCUCAUCUCCGGAAAGGAAGAUGCCGCAAACAAUUUCGCUCGCGGACACUACACGAUUGGGAAGGAAAUCGUGGAUCUCGUCUUGGACCGCAUCCGAAAGCUUGCCGACAAUUGCACCGGGCUUCAGGGCUUCUGCGUUUACAACGCCUGCGGCGGAGGCACCGGAUCCGGUCUCGGCUGCCUGAUGUUGGAGCGCUUGUCUGUGGACUACGGAAAGAAGAGCAAGAUCUCCUUCACGGUCUGGUGCUGCCCUCAGGUGGCCACCGCCGUGGUCGAGCCCUACAACACUGUCUUGUGUGUGCACUCCCUCCUGGAGCACACUGAUGUGACCAUCAUGUACGACAAUGAAGCGCUCUAUGACAUCUGCCGCAG